GUUUACAUUUUUGUAGACCUUUAAUUUUUAAUUUCCUUUGAUUUGUUUGUAACCAAGAAAUAUGUGUUUGUAUUCAAGCAAAUGAUGUUAUUUAACGAUAGAAAACAAAUUAUUUAAUUCAAUAUAAUCAUGGAAAAACUGUUAUUUAGAUUAGAACAGCCCCAUGGGAAUGGGGAUAUUUAUGUAACUUGGCAAAAAGGGUCAGGCAUGUAUUUAGCUACAACUGGCAUUGAUUGUAUGGUAAAUAUAUUUGAUAGAUAUGGAGAAAUAUUUGAAAGAAUUCGACUUCCCAAUUUGUGUACCAGCUUUAGUUGGGAUUCCGAUGGGGAUUUAUUAGGAAUAGUAAGUCAGUCUCAACUAAUCGUUUGGGAUGCUAAUUCUUCUAAGAAACUUUUCAUAGAUGUUGGUCUUAAAGACUACAUGUCAUGCCUGACGUGGGCUAAAAAAGGUCCCAUUUUAGCUGUGGGUACAACAAAAGGGAAUGUAUCUAUAUAUAAUCAUACUACUUCAAAGAGAGUACCGAUUAUAGGAAAACAUACAAAAAGAAUCACAUGUGGCACAUGGAAUAAUGAAAAUUUACUGGCAUUGGGUUCAGAUGAUAAAACAAUAUCUGUUAGUAAUGCUGAAGGAGACACUCUAAAAAUUAUUAAUUUGAGAGCCGAACCAUCUGACUUACAAUUUUCAGAAAUUAAAUUAGAUGAACGAGCGGGAGCAGAAAAUACAAUUAGUGCCAUAGUUGGAAGGAAAACCUUAUAUUUAUACAACUUAUUGGACCCAGAUAAUCCAUUUGAGUUAGCUUUUCAACCACAUUAUGGCUCAAUAGUAUCAUACAGAUGGUUUGGUGAUGGUUACAUAUUAUUAGGCUUUUCCGCUGGAUACUAUAUUGCAAUAUCAACUCAUAUUAAAGAAGUAGGUCAAGAAUUAUUCCAAACAAGAAACCAUAAGAACUUAUUGACCGAUAUUGCUGUUUGUGAGAGUAUUGGAAAAGCAGCCUCUUGUGGUGAUAGUAGUGUAAAAAUUCAUGACCUUUCAAACUUACAAGAAACUUCAAGUGUUUUAAAUUUACCACAAGAAUCAGGUUUAGAAAGAAUAUCGUGGAGCAGCGAUGGACAAUUAUUGGCAGUUAUCACUCGAGGUGGAUCUGUCAAUGUGUAUGUCUCUCAUAUGCAGCUUUUGACAGCAGUUUGUCCACCUAGAAUCGCUAUAUUAUCAAGUUUAACUGAAAUUAGUCUUUAUAGCUAUUCUUCAGAUAAGGGAAAAUUAACUCCAAUAAUCGUGAAUUUGGAGACUGAACCAUCUUUUAUAGCUGUAGGUCAUUAUCACUUAGCAGCUGGAAUGAACAACAGAAUCUGGUUCUACGAUUUGACCAAAUCGCAGCCUGGUUCAGACGAUAUGCCUUUAAGUUUAAACGAUCGUCAAUAUUUAGGCGCCGUUACCAGUGUGCGUCUGAAUCCUGAAUAUGCCUCUGUUCUUUUUGAAGGAAAAGUUCAACUGCAUAUGAUUGAACAACCUGAAGUGUGCCAUGAGGACAAGGAAUCCAUAAUUUUCCCAGAAUCAUCUAAUGACACUCUGGUCAUUACCUGCCAUGAAUUGACCACAGAAUUUCUAAUCUACGGAACUGAUAUGGGCCAUAUUGUAUAUUUUCAUAUUGAAGAUUGGGCUAAAGCUACAGAAUUUAAACAUGUAAUUGGAAUAAGGAAUAUGUAUUUAGAUCCAGCAGGCAGUAGAUUAGUUUUUGUUGAUGUGAAAGGUCACGGAUAUGUUUAUAAUGCCGUUAUUAAUGAACUCACACCUAUACAAAACAUUCCAAAUAAAGUUAGUGGUUGUACUUGGGACUGUAACGUAUCUGAUAGAAACAUAUUUAUUAUAUAUGAUGAUCACGAAAUUCAUACUUACAUUUAUAUGAGAUUAUACAUAGAAGGUACCAAAGUGAAAAAAAUUGGCGAAACAGUUUUAGUAGCAAAACAAAUUCCUUUACUGAUGUAUCAAGGUGAAGUGAUGUGUGCUACCUCGAGCGGUCAGUUAUCGCAACUAAAUUUAUCCACUCACGAUGUGUCUCAUAUUGGAGUCAUGUUGGAAAGAGAUAGGAAAGUUUUGGAGACGAAUUUUAACAAACAGUUGGAGUUACAUAGAUUUUCGUCAGCAAUAAAGACCUGCCAGUCUAUAAAAUCAAGAGAUUUUUAUGUAAAACUGGCCGUCGAGUGUUUAAAAUGUCUUGAAAUUGAUACAGCAAUUCAGAUUUAUAAAGAAAUCGAAGACGUAGCUAUGGUUUCGUCUCUACAAGACAUUCUCGACGUAGAAGAUUGGAAAUUGCUCUCCGGAUACGUCUCUAUGUAUUUAAACGAUUACGACAGAGCUCAGUCAUGGUUUCUGAGCUCAAAUCAGCCGACAUCCGCUCUGGAUAUGAGACGAGACUUGUUACAAUGGGAAGAAGCUUUAGAAUUGGCAAAUAAAAUGGCUCUUGAGCAAGUGUCGAUGAUAUCUAGGGAAUACGCUCAACAGUUGGAAUUUAUAGGCAAUUACUCUGAAUCAUUGCUGCACUACCAAAGAGGAUUACAAGAAGACUUAAGCCCAGAACACACUUAUACGUGUAAAGCCGGCAUAGCUCGGACAACUUUGUAUUGCGGAAACUAUAGGCACGGCCUCAGCAUAGCUUUGGAAUUGGAUAACAAGCAGUUGAUAAGGGAGUGUGCCGAUAUUUUGGAAAAGAAAAGACAGAUUGCAGAUGCAGCUUUGUUAUAUGAAAAAUGCGAUCAGUUCGAUAAAGCAGCAUCUAAUUACAUCAUCCAGAAGAAUUGGUCGAAAAUCGGAGAACUGCUACCACACAUAACCUCGAAUAAAAUUUAUUUGCAAUACGCCAAAUCUAAAGAAAAGGAAGGAAAGUACGAAGAAGCUGCCAAAGCUUACGAAAAAGCCAAAGAUUUCGAUUCAUUGAUCAAACUGCAUCUGGAUUAUUUGAAUAAUCCAGAAGUUGCUGUGGAAAUAGUUCAAGAAACUAAAAGUGUUGAAGGGGCCAAACUGGUUGCUAAAUUUUUCCAAAAGUUGAACGACAUUACAUCAGCUAUAAAGUUUCUCGUAUUGUCACGAUGUAUCGAGGAUGCCUUUGAUUUGGCCAAGAAAAAUGGCAAAAUCGUACUGUUUGGAGACGUGUUACUUAACAGUUUUACAGAAGACGAAGUUAAACCUAAAGACUUUGUAAAUGUAGCCUUACAUUUCGAAAACGAGAAAAAUUAUUUGCUGGCGGGGAAAUAUUGGUUUCACGCAAAGGACUACCAAAAGGCUAUGAGACAUUUAUUGGUAGCGGCCAAAUCGAAUUCCAAAGAAAAAGAAGCUAUCACGGCAGCAAUAGACGUCGUGGCAUCGUCAAAAGACGAAUCGCUGGUUUCAACUUUAAUUGAAUUUUUGUUGGGGGAGUCUGAUGGGAUUCCCAAAGAACCUAAGUAUUUAUUUCGGCUGUAUAUGGCAAGGAAACAAUAUAGAGAAGCUUCUAAGUCGGCUUUGAUUAUAGCCAAUGAAGAACAAAUUAAUGGAAAUUAUAGAAAUGCCCAUGACGUAUUAUUUGCGAUGUACCAAGAACUGAAGCAGAAUAACAUCAAAAUUCCGUUUGAAAUGUAUACAAAUUUGAUGUUGUUGCACAGCUACAUGUUGGUAAGGUUACACGUCAGACGGGGAGAUCAUCUCAAGGGAGCCAGGUUACUUAUCCGAGUAGCAAAUAAUAUUUCCAAGUUUCCUUCUCACGUUGUUCCAAUUUUAACUUCGACAGUGAUUGAGUGCCAUAGAGCAGGUUUAAGAUAUGCGUCAUAUAAAUAUGCUACUACGCUUAUGAAUCCCGAGUAUCGGAAACAGAAAAAGAGACUAUAA